AUGUUAGAAAAAAAGUUUGCUGACAUUAACAAGAAAUUUGAGAAUGUUUUAAACAAGAACAAGGUGAAGUUAGAAAAUGCUCAGAUAAAACCUAUACAUGAAAAGUUCUUAUUUGCUCAGAAUGGUAUAACAGGUCUAAUUGCACCACCUGGGUCGGGUAAGACUUUCACUUAUCUUAAAAUGGCUGCACAACAACAAGAACUAGAUGAGAAGAACCCAUUCUAUGAGUUAGUAGUCAUUUGUAGUACUUCUGGUCAAUUUGACCAAACCGUCAAUUCGUUCAAAGAUAUUAUAAAGAAGUCUAAGUUAGUAUGUAUAAAAGACUCUGAGUUGUUAGAUUGGAUAAAGAAGUACCAAAGAAGAGUUUUGAAGUAUAAUGCUAUAAAUGAGUAUAUAAAUUCGAAGUUUAAAGACCCAAAUGAGGAAAUGCAGAGAAUAUUAGAGAAGAAACACUUCAGAAACAAACAGAAAGAGAUAGAAUACAUUUCGAAGAAAUUGCAAUCUUACGAUUGGAAAACGUACCCUCAUAGGUGUCUUCUUAUUUUAGAUGAUUUCGCCUCUCAUCCUUUGUUAAAGAAUAGAGAAUAUCUCAUACCGAAAUGGCUCACCAAAAAGGUGAUAUUUUUGGCGCCAAUAAUUUGA